AUGAAUCGGGAUCCUCCCUCAUCUGUGGUUGCUGUCAUGAUGGUGGAGGUUCCCGCACCAGAGGGAGAGGAUGAACCCGAUUCGGACGAUGGCUGGAACGAUGAGAAUGCCGAGGCGCCCGCAGAGGGUGUCGAAGGAGGACAAGAUUUAUUUCCCGAAGAUAUUCACCUGCCACUCCCAUCAGUCGUCAAAGGGUGGCCCCAAUCUCUGGCGUCUGUCCGGGUAAAGGAACGGUCCAUGCGUGUUGCACAGGCCAACACCAAACUUGAAGGUAUCCGGGACUCCAUUGGACGUCUCUCAUACCUAUACCGAUCUCUGAUCCGCGGGGCCAAAACGAAGAAGUCAAAGACCCGUUCAUACGGAAUAGUCAAGGGUUCCCGCGACGAGCUACGUCUGCAGGUGAACCAUUAUGAGCAGGCCCGCCGCGCGCUGCAACGCCUUGGGACGGCGCCUGCGAUUCUGCUCAAGUACCAGCGCAUAACUCCAGCAGAUAUCAAGGUCAGCACGGCAAUCGCCGACCCAAAUGCGCGGGGCCAAAGUUCUUCCCACUUAUCGUGGAUCUGGGGUAUUCCUAGCAACAACCCAUCCGAUCGAACGUUGUACCUGGACGAACUUUAUCGGGUUAAUUGGAUGAGAACACGAGAGAAGUACCUCAGGGAAGAGGAGGAGUACCAAUUUCUCCUUCAAGAGACUCAGUGGGUUCCUCGGUUCUUCGAUUCCAAAGCGCUGGAGUGGGAAACGCGGUGUGCCCAGGUUUCCCUACCUGGUCACAUUGCCUACGCUUACCGACAGGCCGAACUCUGGCGAAACCUCGCCCAAUUCGCACGGGAAGGUUUUAAUAAGGUGCUCAAGAGCUUGCAGGAACCGGUUCCACGCGCAGCCACAAUGACGUGUGCUGAGGACGAUAGAAGCGAUAGAAGUCCAUCCCCCCAUUCGGAUUCGUCUGGACCUUCUGAUGCAACCCCGUAG